UUCCCCUGCCCUAAAAGUGCAAAUAACGUUUGCUUGGAGGCCAAGCCGAGGGCUGCUGAUUCCGAUUCUUCUUUGAAAAAGUCGCAAAAUCGCUUUCGGAGGGAAUCCAAUCCACAGAAGAAUCUUGGAAAAAUCGCAAAAUCGCUGGCUUCACCACCGAGCUUUCCAGUGAGAAGAAGAAGAAGAAUAAUUUCUGCAGUGAAACGUUUUGGAUAAUCUUUUGAGGGGUCUGGUGUUGAAAGGAUGCCGGUGAAGGACAACAGCCUUGACAAGGAAAAGUGUUUGGAGCUCUUUCUCCUCAUUGGAUUGGAUGAGCGAACUGCACGAAAUACCAUUGCCAACAACAAGGUCACUGCUAAUCUCACUGCCGUCAUUAAUGAGGCUGCUGUAACUGACGGAUGCAGUCGGGCUGUUGGAAAUCUCCUAUACACAGUCGCGACAAAGUAUCCUGCAAAUUCCCUGGUGCAUCGCCCAACCCUGAUAGAAUAUAUUGUUUCAUCAAAGAUUAAAACUCCAGCUCAGUUAGAAGCGGCUUUUUCAUUUUUUGCAACUACGGGCUCCGAGAAUUUUAAGUUGAAUGAAUUUGAAGAAGCCUGCGGUGUUGGUGUUGAGGUUUCAGUGGAAGAAAUUUCAAAGACCGUUGAUGAUGUUUUUGAAGAGAAUGAGAAUGUAAUCUUAGGGGAACGUUAUAGAACAAAUGUGGGUGAUUUGUUCGCACAUGUUCGGAAGAGGCAUCCAUGGGCUGAUCCGAAAGUUGUCAAGCAACUGAUUGAUGCAAAACUAUAUGAAUUACUUGGGGAAAGAACUGCAGCAGAUAAUGAAAAGGUUCCCAAAAAGAAGAAAGAAAAGCCUGCUAAAGUUGAGGAAAAAAACAUUGUUAUUUCUGCUACAGAACAUCCAUCUGAAGAAGAUAUUAAUCCGUUUUCCAUAUUCCCUAAACCUGAGGAAAAUUUUAAGGUUCACACAGAAGUUUUCUUUAGUGAUGGUUCUGUUCUGAGAUGUUGCAAUACAAAGGAACUACUUGAGAAGCACUUAAAAGUAACAGCGCAGAAAGUGUUAACUCGAUUUCCUCCUGAACCAAAUGGCUAUUUGCAUAUAGGUCAUGCCAAGGCAAUGUUUGUUGACUUUGGCCUGGCAAAAGAUAGAGGUGGAUUGUGCUACUUAAGAUAUGAUGAUACAAACCCUGAAGCAGAAAAGAAAGAAUAUAUUGAUCAUAUCGAAGAGAUUGUCAAGUGGAUGGGUUGGGAGCCCUUCAAGAUCACUUAUACCAGUGAUUACUUUCAAGAGUUGUAUGAAUUAGCUGUGGAAUUGAUACGAAGAGGUCAUGCCUAUGUUGAUCAUCAGACACCUGACGAGAUAAAGGAGUAUAGAGAAAAAAAGAUGAACAGUCCUUGGAGAGACAGACCGAUUGCUGAAUCCUUGAAACUUUUUGAGGAUAUGAGACAGGGUCUCAUUGAAGAAGGAAAAGCUACACUUAGAAUGAAGCAGGACAUGCAGAGUGAUAACUUUAAUAUGUAUGACCUUAUUGCAUAUCGAAUCAAGUUUACCCCUCACCCGCAUGCUGGAGAUAAGUGGUGUAUCUAUCCAAGCUAUGAUUAUGCUCACUGUAUUGUGGAUUCUCUUGAGAAUAUCACACAUUCGCUUUGUACACUUGAAUUUGAGACACGACGUGCUUCAUACUAUUGGUUAUUGCAUGUGCUGGGCCUUUACCAACCAUACGUCUGGGAAUAUUCACGGUUGAAUAUCAGUAACACUGUCAUGUCCAAGCGCAAGUUAAAUCGACUAGUGACAGAAAAGUGGGUUGAUGGUUGGGAUGACCCUCGCCUUAUGACACUUGCUGGCUUACGACGUAGGGGUGUGACUUCCACCGCAAUAAAUGCUUUUGUUAGAGGAAUCGGAAUUACUAGAAGUGACUCUAGUAUGAUACGUGUGGAUCGCCUAGAGUAUCACGUGAGGGAAGAACUAAACAAAACAGCGCAUCGCACAAUGGUUGUGAUCCAUCCGCUCAAGGUUGUUAUAACCAAUUUAGAAGCUGGCACUAUGCUCGAUCUUGACGCCAAGAAAUGGCCUGAUGCUCAAGUUGAUGAUGAUUCUGCUUUCUACAAGGUUCCAUUUUCCAAAAUAGUAUAUAUUGAACAGUCCGAUUUUCGGAUGAAAGAUUCAAAAGAUUAUUAUGGGCUUUCUCCUGGUAAAUCUGUGCUACUCAGAUAUGCAUUCCCUAUCAAGUGCGCUGAUGUUAUCUUAGAUGAUGAUAACAAAACUGUUGUCGAAAUCCGUGCUGAGUAUGAUCCUUCCAAGAAGACAAAGCCAAAGGGUGUCCUCCAUUGGGUUGCAGAACCUUCUCCAGGGGUUGAUCCGCUGAAGGUGGAAGUUAGAUUGUUCGACAAACUAUUUAUUUCCGAGAAUCCUGCGGAACUUGAUGACUGGGUUGCUGAUUUGAACCCCCAAUCCAAAUUGGUUAUACCCGAUGCAUAUGCUGUGCCCACACUUCGAAAUGCAACUGAUGGUGACAGUUUUCAGUUUGAAAGACUUGGUUAUUUCGCGGUUGACAAGGAUUCAUCUCCUGAAAAGUUAGUCUUUAAUCGGACGGUCACGCUGCGAGACAGCUACAGCAAAGGUGUGAAAUAGGUUCAUGCCAUGUACGCAAGUAAAACGGAUGAUUUUUUGAGUACAUAGUAACUCCAUUUGUUAAAAUUUUUUAAGUUUUGUGGAGAAACAUUUACCUAUCGGCCGCACAAGUCAACACAACUUCAUUUGUUGAUAUAUGGAAAAACUAAUUUAAGGUUGUAGACAGAUUGACUAGUUUGCAGCAAGUCGUUUCCUUUUCAUUUUUCUUUUAAAUCAUUGUUUAGCAAUAAGAGCUAAUUGGUAACUUAAUUAAGAUGUAUUAAAGUUCGUUAAUGUUAAUUGGUUUGUGGAUUUUGUUUUA